UAUGUGUUCCGACUCACCGCUCGCACCGCCGUGGGCUGGGGCGAAGAACAGGAAGCCCUGGUUGUUACCACAGAACGUAGAGAGCGUCCCCAGCCACCCAGGAAGUUGUCUGUUCCUCAGGACGGAGUUGAAUCUCGCCAUGUCCGCCUCCACUGGGUGAUGGGUAGCUCAGGCUCCUCCCCUCUGAGGUACUUCACUCUGCAGGUUAAGGAGCUGCCCAGCGGGGACUGGAGCACACACGCCGCUGACAUCUCGCACAACGUGACCGCCUGGACCGUUGACAGGCUGAAACCCUUUACAUCAUACAAGUUUCGGAUGCUGUCCACCAAUGACGUAGGAGACAGUGUCCUCAGCAAAGAGACGGAGGCAGUUACAACUCUGCAGGAUGUGCCUGAUGAGCCUCCAGUGAUCCUCGCAGUGAAACCAACAACUACUACCUCAGUCCUGGUGCAGUGGAAGCGUCCCAGUGACGACAGCAUUAACGGGAUGUUGACUGGAUAUCGGCUGUAUUAUAGAGAGCUCCCAGUAAACACCUCCACUUUCACUGAAGCAGAAUGUAUAAAAAAUAGUUUUUUGGUUCAUGCUACAGUGCAAGCCAAGAGCACCUUCAAGACAGUCAGCAGUGCCUCACUAACAGAGUUUGAGUUGACACAACUAAAGAAGUUCAAACGCUACCAGAUUGUUAUGACAAGCUACAAUAUCAUUGGAGAGAGCCCACCCUCCGCUCCAGUUGAGGUGUCUGUUGGAGAGGCAGCCCCGUCAGUGGCCCCUCAGUCUAUCAGAGUGUCAGCUGUGUCUCCCUCCAUCCUGGAAGUGACCUGGGACACACCCCCCCUCGAGACCCAGAAUGGACUCAUCCAAGGAUACAAGAUCCACUACUGGGAGAGGGACAAGCAGAACCAGAGUGAGAAGGUCCAAGUGAUAUUUGUCCCGGACACCCGUGUGCAUCUCACCAACCUGACCAGCUACACCCCUUACCUGGUCACUCUGACUGCCUUCAACACAGCUGGAGACGGCCCACCCAGUGACCCCCGCGGUGCCCGCACCCUGCAGUCUGCUCCCAGCCAACCCAGCUACCUGUCCUUCUCAGAGGUGACGGGAGGAAGUGUCAAUGUGUCCUGGGGACCUCCACUCACUCCUAACGGACAGCUGGAGGGCUACAGGGUCAUCUACGAGCCCACUGCUCCUGUACAAGGAGUGAGUAAAGUGGUCACAGUGGAUGUGAGGGGCAACUGGCAGCGAUGGCUGAAGGUUCGAGACCUGGUCAAAGGAGCCACAUACACGUUCAGUAUUCAGGCUCUCACGGUCAGCUAUGGACCACCCAUACAAGCAAACAUCACUGCUCAGCCUGUGCAAGGCUCCCCUGGGUCACCUUUGGAAAUGUCCAUCACCAAGACAUCCUCUGAGCUCACCAUCCACUGGUCAGAGGGAGAAAUGGGGGCAGCGCCUGUCUCCGGAUACGUUAUCGAGGCUCGUCCCUCAGAUGAAGGAGUGUGGGAUUCGUUCAUCAGACUGCUCCCUCCCAGCAGCCGGUCUGUUUCAGUGCCGCUGGAGCGCCUGAGGUCGGGGAUCAGCUACGAGUUCAGAGUCAUCGCUGUUAAUCGCUAUGGUUACGGACAGCCGAGUACACCCUCUGCUGCUCUCGCUGCGCUGUCGGAGCGUCCCUUCUAUGAGGAGUGGUGGUUCUUGCUGGUCAUGGCUCUGGUGGGAAUCAUCCUCAUCCUGGUCCUGGUCUUCACACUGCUGCUGCACGGACACAGCACCAAGUACAAGGCCUGUGGCACAGGGAAGCACGUGUCCACGGCGGAGGAAUCAGUAACGCUGGACAACGGAGGUUUCACUGCUCUGGAGCUCAACAGCAGAACACUCAACACCAAGAACUCCUUCCUGAAGAAGAACGGGACCAGGUCUCCUCCCAGGCCCAGUCCAGGUGGUCUUCACUACUCUGACGAAGACAUCUGUAACAACUAUAAUGGAGCUGUGCUCACUGAGAGCACCACACUCACAGAGAAACCCACUGAGGUCUCUGAGUCAGAGUUAACAGACAGCGACUAUGAGGACGAGCAGCCCAAGCACUCCUUCGUCAACCACUACAUGAGUGACCCCACGUACUACAACUCCUGGAAGCGGCAGCCCAAAGGCCUUAAAGGGAUCGGCGCUCCCUUCGCCUAUGAGGAGUGCGCCACUGCAGAGACGGAGCCCUACUACCAGACCGUGGUCACCCAGCACAGCACAGGCGGCGCGUAUACACCCACAGGGCAGCCUGCACACACGCACGUCAACCCAAACACCAACCCGCCGGGGUCACGCACCCCUGUCACGGGAUUCUCCUCUUUUGUUUGACUCUAGAGACAAAAUCUGCACAAAAUGAUACACACACACGUACACAAAAUGAAGGAGUGGGGCCGGUGUGUGUUUGGACUAAAGGAGACAGAGCCGGCGGCUUCGGAGGAGAGGGGAGGACGAGAUGAGGAGACGUAGGACGGACUGGUGAUGAAACAGCCCUUCAUGCCCCAAAGAACUAAACCUACACUUCUCACUCGCCUUCUCCCCUCGUUCACAAAGAUCCUCACUGUGUCGACGAGUGUGUGUGUGUUGCUCUCCUACUCUUUUACGCCUCUGUGUCACUGUGCUUAAACACACAGUUACUGUUCUCGUUUCCACAUACACACACACACACACACACACACACACACAUUCACACCGGCGUAUACCACCAGAUAUUCAUGCCUAUUCUAGAGACUCUCGAGCAAGAGCUAAGAGCAAUGACUACAUGAUGCAGUUUGUGUAAAUGUCGAGGAGAGAAUUCAACCUCGAAGUGGUGGAACCUGAAACGUCUGCACAACGCUUCUUCUCUUGUUUUCUGUAUUUACACAUAAGUGCACAAAUACACACACAUGUACUCGCUGAUGCACCAUUUCAGCAUCUCAAGGUUGAGGAGAAUUAUUAAACGACGGCACAGAAGGAAGCAGCUUUUUUGUUUACAGGCUGGUUCGUGUACACAGACACGGAGCUGUCAGCUUUAAAAUACCACGACACAGAGGAAAAGAAAAAAAAUAACAAUCAAUAAUCACAGUUUAUGAACUUGAUAAAGGACGGAGAGUGGAGAGUGGGCGGGGGGGUCUUCAGAACGUAAGGCAUUCUCAGAGAGAGGUUUGUGUGGUUUCUGAGAGCGAUAUGUGAUGUUUGAGGUUUGGGUUGGAAUAUAUGAAAACCAUGUUUUUUACCGUCUACUGCCUGUUGUCAGCGCUCCUUACCGCAGCCUCCCAAGCCAUAAUGCUUGCACUGAGCCAAACCCCCACACAUUUCAUCUUAAUUAUGUUGAAAUUAAGUUUUUGAGUGUGUGCGUUUGAGAGUGACACACACAAGCAUGUGUGUAUAAAUGGCUUUAUGCUCAGUUUAGAAGUCUGUUCAUCUGUCCUCCGUUGUUCACUGCUAAGCAAAGCGUGCCAUUGUAUGUAUGUUUGUAUUUUUGAGAAGGAUUUUGUACAGGGAAGCCGUUUUUACUUGUGUGCUGUUGUACGUAGUUCGGCCAUGUUUGUGUUAUUCAAAGCAAUUAGAGAAACAGCACCGGAGCAAAAGGAGGAGACGGAGUCACGAUCGUUUAGUAAGAAUCAUAAAGCUGCAGUGAGAGUGUGGAACAGGACUACAGGAUAUUUAGAGAAUCCUGCUAAUUCAAGCUGAGUGCGAUUGAACUUUGACUCGUAAGGCCCCACUGUCUGUACCCUGGCUUCCCCUCCAGCAGCCGGGCUGACACACAUGUACUUUGUACCUCUCUUGAAGUGCAAACAGGAAAAAAAAACUCAUCUGUAAGGUUUUUGCUCAUGUAUAAUUUAAAGAUUCUCCUCCCAGCAGCCUCCCUCACUCUGUCACGCUUGUUUUGAGUCCCAAACAGUGUGUGAAUAA